AUGAGUGACAUUCCCCCUAAGGGAGUCAUCCUGCCAGACCUUCCUAAUGAGAUCAUGCUUGGGAUAUUUCAUCGUUGUGAUGCAAGAACGCUUUUAAGUGUUCGAUCAACAUGCCGCUAUUGGAGAAACAAACUUAACUCCUAUGAGUUCAUAACAGAAAUGGGAACAAGAUGGAAAAGCAAUGGUUGCUCCCUCUUUGCACAUUUCGGAUUCUCAUCUAGGUGGGCUACUCCCCUAGAUUGGAUGAUGAAAAUUAAUGCAUGGAGUGGUCAAACCUCUGCAUUCCAAUUUCCAUUUUUGUUAACACAAGAGGGAUGGUUUCACAUUAUUGGUGUUCAGAAUGGUAUAUUUUGUAUACGUUAUUGUUCUAUGGGGAAAAGAACCUUUAUACUUACUUGGAACCCAACAACUAGGAAGUCUAGCAUCAUGAAUGAUCCUGGAAAACAUUAUUGUGAUGAUUGUGCUUUUUUCUUCUCAUUUGUUUACUAUCCCAGGUCCGUUAAUUAUGCAGUUGUCCACCUAUUCAAGGAAAAGCCCGAAAGUCCUGGAUGGACAUUAACAAUGUCUACAAAUUUAGUCAGGGGUUGGAAUGUGUCGCUCACAUGUCCACCCUACGUUGAUAGACUGGAUCCUGAUUACGUUUCCCUUGAUGGUGUUAUUUAUUGGGUAAGUUGCUUACUUCAUGAGGAGGAUGUUGACCCUCCAUGUAUUGUAUCAUUCUCUGUAGUAACAUUUACUUUUCAUAAAUAUUCCCUUCCAACUGAAGCUCAUGCCCAUUGCCUUAAUCUGUUGAUCCGAAAUGAUAAGCUCUGUCUGGCUACAAAUAAUCAUGAUGAUCAGUCAUAUAGCUCUACCAUUUGGCAAGCUGAUGCUAUCAAUGAUGAUAUUAUUUGGAGCAAGCUAUAUACGUUUAAUGGUAUUGGGGUUCCUUACAUACCUGCACUAUUUGUUGAUGAUAACCUUUUACACAUCAUGGAAAGGCAUCUACCAAUGCUGGAUAUGGAUGGCACGGUGGAAGAGGACAAUUCUAUUUGUGACGAUCACGAUGAAACACAUGAAGACCAUGCUGAAGAACCACAUAAUUUACCGCCUGACACUAUGUUGCAAAAUGAAAGAGAAGGUUAUUUAGAUAUGGGGGAUCCAGAUUUUGAGUGCGAGCACUGUGGCGCUAGGUUCUGGUAUGAUGAACGAAUUGAUAGACAUUAUAAUUCAAGAAAUCCUAAAUUCACUUUAUGUUGCCGUCGAGGUCAAGUGCAGCUACCAAGACUACAACAACCACCAGAAAUUCUUGAUGAGUUAUUCUUUGGCUCAGAUGCAAAAGCUAUUCAUUUCCAAAAUAAUACUCGCACAUAUAAUAGCAUGUUUGCUUUUACUUCGUUUGGGGGGAAAAUAGAUAGAUCCGUUAACAACAAUAGUCGAGGACCCCCUACCUUCAUUUUGCAUGGUCAGAAUUAUCACCUUAUGGGAAGUUUAUUGCCUCAAGAAGGAGCUUCUGACAAAGACGCAGAUAAAUGGAAUGUUCACAUAGUUUCAGACAUUAUACAAAUGCUAGAUACACAUAAUGUUCUUACCAAAUCUUUUCGUUUGAUGCGGGAUGUCCUGACUAAUAAUCCCCAAACAAACGUGCGUCUUAAGCUCAUUGGAAAAAGGGGUAGAGAUGGAAGAACAUACAACUUGCCAUCAGUUGAUGAGGUUGCAGGCUUGGUUGUCGGAGAUUUUGAUCCACAUACACAAGGAAGGGAUAUUAUUGUUGAAACAAAGUCUGGUGAACUUAAACGGAUUUCUGAACUACAUCCGUCAUACCUAGGAUUACAAUACCCUUUAUUGUUUCCAUAUGGUGAAGAUGGUUGGAGGGAAAAAAUUUCAUUGAAUAUAGUUAACACCAAUCCUAACAAUGAAAGCUCCUAUGUAAGUAUGAGGGAUUUCUUUGCUUUCAGAAUACAACAUAGAAAUUUACGUGAGGGUGUUUUGAUCUAUUCUCGAAGACUUUUUCAACAAUUCAUAGUUGAUGCCUACUCAAUGAUUGAAGCUUCUAGGUUGAAAUAUGUGUACUCAAAACAAAAAGAAUUUAGAGCUGAAAUCUAUAAGGGACUAAAAGAUGCAAUUCUCAAUGGAGAAACUGAAGCAUCUAACAUUGGAAAGCGCAUUAUUCUACCGGCAACCUUUACAGGUGGACCAAGAUAUAUGAUCCAAAAUUAUCAAGAUGCAAUGGCCAUCUGCAGAUCAAUUGGUUAUCCAGAUUUAUUUAUUACAUUUACUUGCAAUCCACAAUGGGAAGAAAUCAAACGUUAUUGCAAAGAGACCAACUUGAAGCCUGAAGACAGACCUGAUGUAAUUUGCAGGUUAUUCAAAGCAAAGUUGGAGAAGCUUAUCAAAGACAUUCAUAAAAAUAGAAUUUUUGGUGUUUCCAAAGCAGUGAUAUAUACCAUCGAGUUCCAGAAACGUGGAUUGCCACAUGCGCAUAUAUUACUAUUUCUUGCAGCAGAAUAUAAAUAUCCUUCUCCAGAAGAUAUUGACAAAAUCAUAUCAGCUGAGAUCCCAGAUCCAUUACAUGAUCCAAAUUAUUAUGAAGCAGUUAAGCAUUUUAUGGUACAUGGGCCAUGUGGGCUUGCAAAGAAAAACUCCCCUUGCAUGGAAAACGGUCAGUGCAUUCGUCAUUUUCCAAAAAAAUUCGUUGAUUUUACUACCAUUGAUCAAAAUGGAUAUCCAUAUAGGCGUCGAGAUGAUAAUAGAACCAUUGAGGUUUCAGGUAUUGAGUUGGAUAAUCGUUAUGUUGUGCCUCAUAAUAGAUUCCUAUUGUUAAAAUAUGGUGCUCAUAUAAAUGUUGAGUGGUGCAAUCAAUCACGUUCAAUCAAGUAUCUAUUCAAGUACAUUAACAAAGGAAAUGAUAGAGUAACAGCAUCUUUCUAUUCAAAUUCAGCAGUUGAUCGUCCUAAUUUCAUUGUAGAUGAAAUAAAAAUGUUUCAUGAUUGUCGCUACAUCUCUCCAUGUGAAUCUGCUUGGAGGAUAUUUGCAUAUGAUAUACAUUAUAGGAAACCAUCAGUUGAACGGCUGAGUUUUCACUUGCCUGAUGAGCAGACAGUUCUAUUUGAAGAUAACGACACAUUGCAAACCACGGUAAACAGAGCAACAAUCAAAGAAUCAAUGUUCAUAGCAUGGUUCAAAGCAAAAGGUCCAACAAGUUAUGAAGAUGUUAAAACAUACAAUGGUGUCAUGUACUCUUCAUUUAGAGAUGCGUGUUAUGCACGAGGUUUAUUAGAUGAUGAUCAAGAAUAUGUUGACGCAAUUGAAGAAGCAAGUCACUGGGGAUCUGGACACUAUGUGCGCAAACUUUUUGCAACACUUUUGUGGUCAAACACAAUGGUACGACCUGAGGCCGUUUGGGAAAAAAGUUUUGGGCUAUUAUCAGAUGGCAUACUACAUGAUCAUAUCACCAUGUUUAACUCACCAGAUUUGACUCUGUCUGAAUCUGAGUUAUUACAACUGACUCUGAUUGAAAUCGAGCAAAUACUUAAUAGUAACGGAAAGACACUGCGUGAUUUUCCAACAAUGCCAUAUCCUAAUAUGGAAAACAUAAACCUUCAACGGCGGGGAAUUAUGCAAAAUAAAUUAAUACUUGAUGAACUAUCUUAUGAUCGUGUUUUCUUAGCAGAACAACACAGUCAAUACUUAGCACAAAUGACAUCGGAACAGAAGACCGUUUAUGAUAAAAUUAUUGCUGCCGUGAACUCAAAUUCAGGAGGAGUUUUCUUUUUAUAUGGAUAUGGAGGUACAGGUAAGACUUUUAUUUGGAAAACAUUAUCUGCUGCUAUUAGGUCAAAAGGUGAAAUUGUCUUAACAGUUGCUUCGAGUGGUAUAGCAUCUCUUUUAUUACCUGGAGGAAGAACAGCUCAUUCCAGAUUUGCAAUACCUCUUACUCCUGAUGAAUAUUCUACUUGCAACAUUAAACAAGGAAGUCCAUUGGCAGAGUUAAUUUCUGAAACAAAACUUAUUAUUUGGGAUGAAGCACCAAUGAUGAAUAAGUUCUGUUUUGAAGCACUAGAUCGGACUAUGAGAGACUUGCUUCGUUCUACUAAUGAUUCAAGUUUAUCAUUACCUUUUGGUGGUAAAACUGUAGUCUUUGGCGGAGAUUUCAGGCAAAUUCUUCCAGUUAUCACAAAAGGGUCUCGACAGGACAUUGUUAAUGCUUCAAUUAACUCUUCUUACCUGUGGCAUGAGUGCCAAAUUUUGAGCUUAACACAGAAUAUGAGAUUAAGAACUUCAACUGGAAUUCACAAUAGUGAGGAAUUGAAAUCGUUUGCAACGUGGAUCUUGAAUGUAGGUGAUGGAAGGCUUGGACAACUAGAAGAUGGAUGUGGGUUAGUUGACAUACCACAAGAACUUUUACUGACAGAUUUUAAUGACCCAAUCAAUGAAAUGAAAAGAUACCUAAGUUCAGAUUCGCCUUGCUUUAAAGAAGGAGAUAAUGACACAUUAGCUAGCAUACACACUCCAGAAUUUUUAGCAAGUAUAAAAUCACCAGGUCUCCCAAACCAUGAACUCUGUUUUAAAGAAGGUUGUCCUGUAAUGUUGAUUCGAAAUAUUGAUCAUUCAGCCGGUCUGUGUAAUGGAACUAGAUUGGUUAUCACAAGGCUAGGCAACAAAGUAAUCGAAGCUAAGGUCUUAUCAGGAAGCAAUAUUGGAGAAAAGGUGUUCAUUCCAAGAAUGACCUUAACCCCGUCAGAUGGAAAAUUACCAUUCAAAUUUCAAAGAAGACAGUUUCCUUUGAUGUUAUCAUAUGCAAUAACCAUAAAUAAAAGUCAAGGUCAAUCUUUAAAUCAUGUUGGGUUGCUACUUAAGCAACCUGUUUUUACACAUGGACAACUUUAUGUAGCUGUUUCAAGAGUUACUAACAAAGAUGGACUAAAGAUCAUAAUAUCUCAUGAUCAAUCCAACAAUUCCACAUCAACAUAUAAUGUGGUCUAUCAAGAAGUUUUCAGAAAUAUUUAA